AUGCUGAACAAACGUCAGGCGGGAACCUCAAGUCAUGGUUUACCUACGGAAAGUCACCCAGUGUCGUGGUGCAUUCCUGUUGUGGCGUCUCCUUCACGACCAGGCCUAGAUUAUCAGCAGCUUGUACCUGCUCCAUUACAGACAAUACGAGCUGCAUAUGCUGAGCUUGGUCGCCGUGUUACGGUAGCCCUCCGCACACAGAUUGGGGAUCACACGGUUAGGGUGAUGUGGCAUGCGGACAUUUUCGUGCCGGCUGAACAUAUCACCAUUGAAAACAGUCUGCAAAGUAUGAUAGAUCAUCUGGAUGAUGCAGCUCGUCAGUCAGUGGACCCACCAGAUGCUCCACCAAUACAGGCAUCUUAUGUGGUGCCGACUGGGCGACCAGGAUGCCCCCGUAUCGAAAUCGAGCCAUUCAUUAUAGCACCUGCUAUUGAACUUUGUGGCCCAACACACCUUGCAGCAGUGUUUCAAGUAUCAACACAAACUGUGCUUCGCCGUGCCUUGGAGUGUGGCCUAGUAGAGCCGGGAGCUCCAGUGUAUGUUGAUUAUGAAGCCGAAGAUGGGACUGUGACGCCAUUUUACACAUCAUCAACUGCUCCAACUUCUGACCUCUUAGAUGAUGAGCGGGAUGGGUACUUCGGUCGUGUUGUUACACGGGGGGUCUUAGGCGUGGGCGACGUAUCUGUUUCCCGUGAGAUCCAGCUGAGUGACGAGUCCGUCCAACUUCGCAUUACCGAUGUUAACUAUCUGAAACCGACAGAAGUCGGGGGAUUAGUGGGAACAGCGUUCGCAACGCAGGUCAUGGAACAACAGCAGGAACACGAAGGGAAGCGACUCUUCUCUGGUGGACGUGCUACUGGGGCUUUAACUGAAUUCGGUUGCUCAAUCACGACCACUGUGUUCUGUUGGUCAAUCAUGGACGUUGAUAGGAAUGACUUGAGGCCAUUACAGUACGGGCACCUUAUUCUAUGAUGAUACUCCCUUGUAUGGAUUAGAUGAAGGUACACUGGGGAUAUCUGCUGAUACCACGUUCAGCUAUCAACGCUCGCAAUUGCGACCAAAAACUUAUCAACUUGUGAGGCCCAUGAACUAU